UCCGCCCCCCAAGGAAGCCGACCGGGGAGGAUGGUGGAACGAAAUCACACACCGCCUCCCAUGGUUAAAGGGAUGCGCCUCCCCUGCGAAACCCAUGCAGGCAUUGCUCACCUAUGUCAACCCCGGGGUCACCGAUGCUAUCAAGACGAAAUGGGAUACAGGGCGAUUGCCCCACUUUUUUGAGAUGCUAGGCUUUAGCGACCUUGUUGUCCUUGCGGGCGCCUGGGACCGAGGUCGGCGCGAGUUCGAUGACGAACUGGAGGUUCUUGGCGAGAAGCUAGAGUUGAGAAAAGUUGAGUAUGUUAGAGAGUGCAGGGAGCUCACGGGUAGAUCGACGAAGGUCGAACAGAUCUUUCUCAAGAUCAGGGGGGUGGAUGACUCCCACCUGGAAGGUCGAGUUCCCGAAACCAGGGCAAGCGGUCCUGCUGACACCCAGGGCGGCCAUGCCGCGCUAUGUGGUGACCUUGCGAUUGAGGAAGAGGAGAGAAUGGAGAUGGAGGGCGCGAUAGCGGCCAUAAAGGCCACCACCUUGGAUCCGUCGCCCACCUCCAGCGGAAAAGGCGGCGACACCUUGGAACGCGACCAAUAUACAGCGUUCGUGCCCCUGGCACUCGCUUACAGGGUCGAACACACCUCUACGGCCUUUGGGCACGCGAUUUGGAAGAUGGACACCUUCAACCAUCUCGCACCAAUCUCUGUCCGAGCACUCCAGUUCUUGGGUGGCGUCACGGAAGAGCAGGUGAAGCAGUGUAGGGCGCAGAUCCUUAAAGGGAAACUGAAGUAUUGUGGUAGGGUCAGCCCUCUGGAUCCCCAGGAUCUGAAGUUUCCUCCCAUGUGUGAGCUUGAUCUCGAUAAGUGUGGGGAUACAAACUCUGGUAUGUGGCAGAAGGGCAUCAGGCAGGAAGGAAAACAUGAUCUCAGGACCUUGAGGAAGGGUUGCACCCACGUCAUCACUCUGGACUCCUCUAUCACAGAUAGUCCAUUGCUGCAUAACAUCAUCAAUGAGGGCCUCAAUCACAUCCCCUGCAUGGCACUGGACGUGGAAGAGGCGAUUGCCGAGCUUGGGAAAUUUUUGGACAAAUUGUUUGUGCGGAUUAUGAAGCUGCGUGAUCUCACGGAUUCCACCAGGUCGUUUCUCCGGAGAAUCAUCUUGAAGGGAGCGAAGGGCAAGAUGGAGAGAUACCGAGAAACGCACAGGCAUAUUACUGCUGAGCCGUUCGAGCACCCGGUCGUCAAGCGGGAACUGGCGUUCCUAACAAGUAAGUUCCUCAUCUGUCCGACAGACAAGGCUCCCAACACGCCAGCCUUCGUUUGCAAGAGCUUCAUAGGAAAGUUGGCCUUCCAGAGGUUGUCUGGCCCUGAGUUUGCCAGCAUUCCCAUGCCUCCUGCGGCCGUCGUAUCACUCAUCCGCGGCGAACUCUCUGCCUUUCGGGCACUUCCUGCUACUGCGACCUCGCUCCCCUAUCUGAUGGCGGUACUCAAGGCGCACAAGGGCACCUUCCGAUGGAUCACGAACACCGCAAAUACUGUCAUCUCUCUUGCAGCGGACGUCUGCGCCUGCUUACUGCGUUUUCUUCUCCCGCUAGUACAAGCCUUCUGUCGGGACAGGAGCUUGGAGGUGGAGGAGCAGCAUGGCGUCAGGCCCAACCUCUGGUGGACCAUUUCUUCAGUGGGCGAAUUCUAUGCCAAUCUACCAAGAAAGGUCUAUUCCGUUUUCACGGCCGACAUCACCCGGUGCUUCGAAACGAUCUUGACGGACAGCUCGGAGGACAAUCUCACGGCCGCGGUCAGAUUCUACGUGCAGUGUGCUAUGCAGGUGAGAAGGGAGAGGAGCUCCAACCACGCGAUUUUGAUCAGAUUCGGGGAAGGGGGCGGUUUGAGACCAACAUGGGUGGAUGUUGAACAGCCGAAGGAGAUGGGCUCAUUACUAUUGAAGGAAGGGGACAUCUGCUGGCUCUCAGAAUGGUGCAUUGCUAACAACAUAUUAUGCAUGGGAGAAUACGUAUGAAGGCAGGAGCAUUACCAUGGGGUUGGCAUGCUUCCCGAUCUGGUGCGAUAUUUACUUCUUUAAGUAUGAGUAUC